GGACCCAAGAUGGCGGCGUGUGGACGUGUACGGAGGAUGUUCCCCUUGUCCGCGGCUCUGCCGCUGCUUCUGCUCGUGGCGGCCCGGGCCGAGAGGCUCCCGAACCCCCAGAACCUGGGAGGCCUCCACCAGCCUCCGGGGCUGAGCCUCAGGGCCAUCGGCGAGGCCGCAGAGCCGCCAGCCCAGGCGCACGCUCCGCAGCCGCCCCAGCAGCAGCAGCAGCAGCAGCCGCAGCAGCCCCAGCAGCCGCAGCCGCAACAGCCUUUCCCUGCCGGAGCGGGAGCGGGGCCGGCCCGGAGGGGCGGCGCGGGGCCCGGCGGCGGCUGGAAGCUGGCGGAGGAGGAGACGUGCCGGGAGGACGUGACCCGGGUGUGUCCCAAGCACACCUGGAGCAACAACCUGGCGGUGCUCGAGUGUCUGCAGGACGUGCGGGAGCCUGACAAUGAAAUUUCAUCAGACUGCAACCAUUUAUUAUGGAAUUAUAAACUGAAUCUAACUACAGACCCAAAAUUUGAAUCUGUGGCCAGAGAAGUCUGCAAAUCUACGAUAUCAGAAAUUAAAGAAUGUGCUGAAGAACCGGUUGGGAAAGGCUACUUAGUCUCCUGUUUGGUGGAUCACAGAGGCAACAUUACCGAAUACCAGUGUCAUCAGUAUAUAACUAAGAUGACAGCCAUUAUCUUCAGUGAUUAUCGUCUGAUCUGUGGCUUCAUGGAUGACUGCAAAAAUGACAUCAACAUUCUGAAGUGCGGGAGUAUCCGUCUUGGAGAAAAGGAUGCACAUUCACAAGGCGAAGUGGUGGCCUGCUUGGAGAAAGGCCUCGUAAAAGAAGCAGAAGAAAGAGAUCCUCGGUUUCAAGUCUCAGAACCUUGCAAAAAAGCCAUUCUCCGAGUGGCUGAGCUGUCCUCAGAUGAUUUCCACUUGGAUCGGCAUUUAUAUUUCGCUUGCCGAGAUGAUCGAGAGCGUUUCUGUGAAAAUACACAGGCUGGUGAAGGCAGGGUAUAUAAGUGCCUCUUUAACCACAAAUUUGAAGAAUCAAUGAGUGAAAAGUGUCGGGAGGCAUUGACAACUCGACAAAAGCUGAUUGCCCAGGAUUACAAAGUCAGUUAUUCACUGGCAAAAUCUUGCAAGAGUGAUCUGAAGAAAUAUCGCUGUAAUGUGGAAAACCUUCCCCGGUCCAGGGAAGCUAGGCUCUCCUAUCUUCUGAUGUGUCUGGAGUCUGCUGUACAUAGAGGUCGACAGGUAAGCAGUGAGUGCCAGGGAGAAAUGUUGGAUUACCGACGCAUGUUGAUGGAAGACUUUUCUUUGAGCCCUGAGAUUAUCUUGAGCUGUCGAGGGGAAAUUGAACACCACUGCUCUGGACUACACCGAAAAGGGCGGACUCUGCACUGUCUGAUGAAAGUAGUUCGUGGAGAAAAGGGAAACGUUGGAAUGAAUUGCCAGCAAGCGCUUCAAACACUGAUUCAAGAAACUGACCCUGGUGCAGAUUACCGCAUUGACCGAGCUUUGAAUGAAGCUUGUGAAUCUGUAAUACAGACGGCCUGCAAGCACAUACGAUCUGGAGACCCAAUGAUCCUCUCUUGCCUGAUGGAGCAUCUCUACACAGAGAAGAUGGUAGAAGACUGUGAGCACAGGCUGCUUGAGCUCCAAUAUUUCAUCUCCCGAGACUGGAAACUGGACCCUGUUCUUUACCGCAAGUGCCAAGGAGAUGCUUCUCGUCUUUGCCAUACCCAUGGCUGGAAUGAGACCAGUGAGCUCAUGCCACCCGGAGCUGUAUUCUCCUGUUUGUAUAGACACGCCUACCGCACUGAGGAGCAAGGCAGGAGACUGUCUCGAGAAUGCCGAGCUGAAGUCCAGAGGAUCCUGCACCAACGGGCCAUGGACGUGAAACUGGACCCUGCUCUCCAGGACAAGUGCCUCAUUGACCUGGGCAAGUGGUGCAGUGAAAAAACUGAGACGGGCCAGGAGCUUGAAUGCCUCCAGGAUCAUCUUGAUGACUUAGCUGUGGAAUGCAGAGAUAUAGUGGGCAACCUCACAGAGUUAGAAUCAGAGGACAUUCAGAUUGAAGCUUUGUUGAUGAGAGCCUGUGAGCCUAUCAUUCAGAAUUUCUGCCAUGACAUGGCAGACAAUCAGAUUGACUCGGGAGACCUGAUGGAGUGUCUGAUCCAAAACAAACACCAGAAGGAAAUGAAUGAGAAGUGUGCGAUUGGAGUCACCCACUUCCAGCUGGUCCAGAUGAAGGAUUUUCGAUUCUCCUAUAAAUUUAAAAUGGCCUGCAAGGAAGAUGUCUUAAAACUUUGCCCCAACAUCAAAAAAAAAGUGGAUGUGGUGAUCUGCCUGAGUACCACCGUGCGCAAUGACACACUGCAGGAUGCCAAGGAGCAGAGGGUGUCCCUGAAGUGCCGCAGACAGCUACGUGUGGAGGAGCUGGAAAUGACGGAGGAUAUCCGCCUGGAGCCAGAGUUAUAUGAGGCCUGCAAAAGUGACAUCAAGAACUAUUGUCAGACCGUACCCUUUGGCAAUGCCCAGAUCAUUGAGUGCCUGAAAGAGAACAAGAAACAGCUUAGUCCUCGGUGCCACCAGAAGGUCUUUAAGCUGCAGGAGACAGAGAUGAUGGACCCAGAACUGGACUACACGCUCAUGAGAGUUUGUAAACAGAUGAUAAAGAGAUUCUGUCCAGAGGCAGAUUCAAAGAACAUGUUGCAGUGCUUGAAACAAAAUAAAAACAGCGAACUGAUGGACCCCAAAUGUAAACAAAUGAUCACCAAGCGCCAGAUUACCCAGAGCACAGAUUACCGUCUGAACCCUGUGCUGAGGAAAGCCUGUAAAGCUGACAUUCCUAAAUUCUGCCAGAAUAUCAUCAAUAAGGCCAAGGAUGACUCUGAGUUGGAAGGCCAGGUCAUCGCCUGCCUAAAAUUGAAAUAUGCUGACCAGCGCCUUUCUCAGGACUGUGAGGACCAGAUUGGAGUAAUCAUUCAGGAGUCUGCUUUGGAUUACAGACUUGACCCUCAGUUGCAGAUGCAUUGCUCAGACGAGAUCUCCAGCCUGUGUGCAGAAGAAGCAGCAGCCCAGGAACAGACUGGUCAGGUAGAAGAAUGUCUAAAAGUGAACCUGCUCAAAAUCAAAAAUGAAAUGUGCAAAAAGGAAGUAUUAAACAUGCUAAAAGAAAGCAAAGCAGACAUAUUUGUGGACCCAGUUCUACAUACAGCCUGUGCCCUGGACAUCAAACAUCAUUGUGCAGCCAUCCCCCCUGGUCGAGGCCGGCAAAUGUCCUGCUUAAUGGAGGCCCUAGAAGAUAAACGGGUGAGAUUGCAGCCUGAGUGCAAGAAGCGCCUCAACGAUCGGAUUGAGAUGUGGAGUUAUGCAGCCAAGGUCGCCCCGGCAGAAGGCUUCUCUGAUCUUGCCAUGCAAGUGAUGACAUCCCCAUCUAAGAACUACAUUUUGUCCGUGAUCACAGUGGGCAUCUGUAUACUGUUCCUGAUUGGCCUGAUGUGUGGACGAAUCACUAAGCGGGUGACGCGAGAGCUCAAGGACAGGGGAGCACAUCUGGGCUAUGUCAUCAGCCUGACAUCACCUUACAAAAGUAUUGACGAGAAUCUACAACUUCCUUUUAAAGUUAGAAAGUGAGUGAGUAUUAGUCCCUUAGUUUGAGAGUUGCCCAUCCAGUUUCUUCAUAAGAUAUUGUAUUUGUUGUCAGUCGGGUCAGAACCAGGUCUUUCCUUUGCGUCAGUGUGGCCUUUGAAACAUUUUGCACCCUGGAUUUCUCCUGCUGCCACCCAUUCCCUUCAGGAAGUCUCCACUGAGCAGAGAUCCAGGUCGCAUUAAAUCCAGAGUCUAAGGGGAGGACAGGAUAGGGGUGGGACAAGAGUGGAAUGAGUUUUGUUUCAAGAAAUGAGGAUUAUCUCCUGUAUAAACCGGAAUUAACCCAUCUAUCCCUGUGUGCCAACUCCUAACACAACCUGCUGCCACCCUCUCAACAAGGCAAAAUUCUCUCACUUGGUAGACCUUAGUUGUUGACCUCUAGGUCAGGGAACAUAGGAGACUGGCCUAUCAGCUGUCUCCAGCCUUAAUAAAGCAGUGUUCCGCCAGCCCCUCAUCCAGCUGGUGAGAGGGUCUAUAAUACCCAGUCAUUUCAUAGAACAGAAAGAAUGUGGCUUUUUGAACUGUGAAUACUUUUAUUUUUUUUUUAAUUCUGAGUGUAUAAAAACACAAGUCAAAAUGCUAUAGUUGUAUGUCCCUAUUUGAAUCAUCUCUAGUUUUUAUAAAACAUGGCAUUCUAUUGCAUUAAAAAUUUUAGUAGAGUUUUUGGUGUGUCCAUACGCUUCUCUCCCCAUUUUCCCUGUGAUGUUACUGUAUCUGACCCUGGCCCUUCCUUACUUUUUUUGGAUUAUAUAGAGUUGGCUCACUUUACAAUCAUACUCAUUUGUGCUCCUCCUCACCCCACCUCUUCUACCACUCCUGUUCCCUCACAGGUCGGGUUGCCAUAAACCCAGACUGGUACAUCCAGUUUCCUUUGUCUUGUCACCCUGUCCUUAGGCUCUGGAGGCAGCCUCAGCUAAAGCACAGGGCUGUAGGGGAAUGGGACUGACCAGAGCUAGAAGUUAAUGGAUUCUGUAGUGAUCUGUCACCCCAUUCUGUUAUUCAUCCCAUAAACAGACUACCGAAGAGAGAGAGACCCUCCCCACGAUGUCUUGGGGAUCAUAGGGAUCUUGGUAGUAGAGAAAUGUGGCAGCCAAAGUGAGUUCAAAUGUGCCCGGAUCUCUGAAUGGGGCUCCACGUCAGAUGGCAUGCAUUGAGUAGAAUAGCAGAUGAACAGGGGCAGGAUGAAGUGGGAGGUCCAGACCUGAAGGCCAUUAGCACCAUUACCAUGUUGUCAGCCUCUCCAAGGGCAGUGUCUCAAAUCAAUCAAAGCAUUGAAACAAACUGGACAGCGAAUGCUGUGUGUGAUCUUAGGCCUUUUUUAAAAAAAGAAAAGAAAAGGAACGAAGAAAAAAGAGAGGAAAAAAAGAAAUAAAAAUAAGACUCUUUUGUAAAUUGUUUUCUGUGUAUAAAAUUCUGGCCGUUCCUUGUUUUUACAUGUUCAUGCUGUGUAAUUUUGAGAUGUUACUGAGAUUCUGAACAUAAUGUGCAUUUUUUUCUGUACAGAUGAAAUGGGAGAAUUUAAUAAAAAAAAAAAAAGA